AUGGAGCUGGGGCCGGCCGCGUGGCACCUCUACCCGCCCAUGGGGCUGCUCGUCCAGACGCCGACGCUGCUCAAGGCGGACACACAGACACAUGCGAUGACGUCCAAGUGGCGUCAGCAUCGCGUGUCGACGGCCAUCUUUGUCCUGUCUUGCGUAGCGACCACGGUCGUGCUUAUCGACUUGACCAUGUUUGGCAACGCGCCCACGACGCAGCCAGUCUCGGUGACGAUUGCUUCAAACGCCACGGUGGCGACCGCAGCUUUGGGUGGCGCAGCGUCGAGAACCGGUGAUCUACCAAGCGCCCCGCUGCGCGAAGUGCUCGUGUUGCUUCUCGUCAUUCUCGUCGCUCUCGUUGGAGCUGGUGCGUACUUGAUGCACCGCCGGACCCAGUCAGCCACGCCCAUCAAGGCUCUCGACCAAGAGGAACCAAAGCCCGUUUGUCUCACGGUCGUGUCGGCGCCUUUGUAAGAUGGAAUUCAGUUGACGUGCAAGAUCGAGUAGUACUGCGCAUCUACGUUAAAGGUCUUGCGCGCCGACCCCGCUCCCAGCGCUGACGGGCCCAGCGAGGCGAGAACGGCCGGAGCCCGCGCCAAGCUCCGAUGACCGCGUUCGUUGCACUCGUUGUUCGAUCUCGGUGAGAACCGACGUUGCUGCCGCAUCC